ACAAAUCUUCCACUGUAAUAAUUUCUCUUAUAAUUAAUCUGAACCAACAAUGGAACAAGCUCUCAUCAGAAGGACGCACAACCACCGCACUUCCAUCGCAGAUCAUCCCACCACCGCCGCAACAAAGCGGUGCUACACCACCACCAACAAGAGGCCCCUGAAGAAAGAAGACCCACCACCGCCACCCUCCGGCGGCGGAAUCAGAUACCGAGGUGUGCGCCGCCGUCCAUGGGGGCGGUACGCGGCGGAGAUCAGAGAUCCUAACUCCAAAGAGAGGCGGUGGCUGGGCACCUUCGACACCGCCGAGGAGGCGGCGUGCGCUUACGACACCGCAGCCCGUGCUAUGCGCGGCGCCAAGGCCAGAACUAAUUUUCUCUACCCUAUGAGCACCAACCACCCUGCUACAACAGAUCAAAAUCUCGUCCCUUCAUUCAGCUACGGCAAAUCAUCCCAGCCGUCCAUCUUCGGCACCCGCCACGUGGCACCGUCGUCUUCACCUUUUGCAGCAAACCCUAAUCUUGAUUUCACUGUAUCUUCCUUGAUGAAAAGCAAUAAUUCUCUCGACAUUACUACAUGUUCUUUUAUGGGGUCUUCUUCUUCUUCUUCGAUGUAUAUUAAUCCUUCAUGCAACACAACCACUGCUCAGCCGGCCACUCCGAUGAACGCCGCCGCCGGAGUUUCCGAGGUCUUCACAAAUGGUGUUUCAAGUUCCACCGGCGGUGAAACUGAUUGCAUGGGUUUCUUCCACACUGAGAGGUCGAACUCAGGCUUGCUGCAAGAAGUCUUAAAUGGGUUUUUCCCUGGUUACUCCAAGGCGGCGCCGCCGGCGGAUUCGUUUGCUCCUCCUCCUCCGGUGGCGGCGUUGGCGGAAGUGAAAACUAGCUGUCUUUCUACUGAUAAUUAUUGUCAAAUAGUUGCUCCACGGUUGAAUUACACUAGGGAUUUCUUCGGUAUUAUUGAUAAUGAUUUUUAA